AUGAUGAUUUCCAGUUGAUACAGAGGACUUUUAUGGAGAAGCACUACCAGGAGUUUGAUGACUCGGAAGAAAACAAGCUCAUCUAUACUUCUAUUUUUAAUGAAUAUAUCUCUUUAGUAGAGAAAUACAUUGAAGAAAAAUUGCUUGAUCGGAUUCCUGGUUUUAAUAUGACUGCUUUCACAAUGUCAUUGCAACAGCACAAAGAUGAGAUGGCAGGUGAUAUAUUUGAUAUGCUUCUCACGUUUACUGACUUUCUGGCUUUCAAAGAAAUGUUCUUGGAUUACAGAGCUGAAAAAGAAGGUCGAAGUCUGGAUUUAAGCAGUGGGUUAGUGGUGACUUCAUUAAACAAAUCAUCAAUAUCCUCCUCCUAG